AUUUGGAUGGAGUCUCAGUACCUGAAGCAAUGCCUGGGAAGUUGUUUGAAGAAAGGACUGGCAGAGGUUGUAGAGCAUCGGCCAGCAGAUCCAAUAGAGUAUCUUGCACACUGGAUUUACAAUUACAGAAGAAACUUAGAUGAAGAAAAAAAGAGAAUGCUGGAGAGAGCUGAGCUGGAGCAAGAACGGGAGGCAGCCUUAGCAGAACUGGAAAGGUUAAAAAUCCAGGAAGAAGAGCAGCGGAAACUUGAAGAACAACGUCAGGCGCAGUUGGAGAAAGAACUUGCAGAGUUGGAAGCACAGAAAAGAGAAGCUGAAAUGCAGUUGCAGCAGGAAGAUCAAGAGGAAAAUGAAGAGACAGUAGCUGAAGUUACAGAUAGACCUGGAACACCUACUUCACCCAAAGCUGAGGAGCCAGAUGAGAGUGAACCCAGUCAAACAAAUCUCCCAACAGUAGCAGAAGAAGAAGAAGAAGAAGAAAGUUAGAACUGACCUGAGAGCACAUUGUAGGUAGCAUGGCUGACUUGCAGGAAGAAAACUGCAGCUGAAGUGAAAGCAGCAAAUAUAUUUUCUACUUAUUGCACAUUGAAGUAACCAUAAUAAAUAAAAGUAUAACUAAAGUGUCAAUAUGAUUUGAGGAUAGAUGCUACAAUAUGAUAAUUUGAAUCAAUAUUAAAAUAAUAAAAUAUUACUGAACAUUAUUUUCCAAGAAUUUGAAUGGUUUCUGACAGAAAAAGGGAAUGCUCUGCAAAUUAAAAGAUGGAGAGAGUAUUCUGGACUUGGUGCAAAAAUCCAAUCAGAUUUCCCAAAUAUAUUUGAAAGAGGUAAAUUUAACUCUGACUCAGUAUAUACUAGAAGAUCUUGUCUCCUAGAAGUCAUGAAGGGAUCUUUGUAACAUGACGUGUUUGCUUUAGGCUUUAUUAUUGGAUAAAUAUAUUUAUUAUUAGAACCUUUUUUGGGUAUUGUGUGGUACUAGGUAAGCUGAAAAUGUCUGCAAA